GCGACCUCUCUUCCGCAAGGGUGUGUUUUUCCGCCUCAAGCAUCUCGUCAGGUAAAUACCUCUUACAUAGGUAACCUUGCAUUAGUCGAUUGAAAGCCGGCGUUUGUAUUAUAACAUAUGUAUUGGUCGACCGGCAAUGAACUCGGAAGGCGGCGAUCCUUGGAACCUGACGAUCGGAAAAGCAUUUAAUCUGGGGAGUCUGGCCGGCAAUAUCUCACCCGAGCCAGCCGGCGCACAUAUGCACCUACCGCUGAUCCCAAUGUGCCUCUACGAUGGACAUCUACAUUUCUUCCGGCCACAAUUGGAACCCGUCAGCCCCGUGUGGGCUCGACUUGGAGCUAUGCAGGUUAUCCCGCAGACACGACGCAUCAUCGAUGCGGGGAAAGAUGAGGAGACCAGCUGCUACGCUGCUCCACCGCUUGGAGGAGCUCUGAAGCUAUAAAAGACAGAGCAGCGAUCUUCGGCCGUUGGGGUAGGACGGCUUGCGAUCAUCUUGUUGUCUCAGAAUAAUCAAUAUGGCGCUCAUCCUAGGGUCAGCCAUAUGGCUGAUGAGCUCGGGCGUCUCAGCCGUCGGCCACAUCUUCCCAGAUUGCGGAAGCGGUCCCCUAGCCGGCAACGAUGUCUGCAACACCGGUCUUUCUGUA